GCAACAUGACAACAGGACGUAACGCCCCACGUGCUUUGGCGUUUCGCCCGGUUGCAUCUCGCGACUGGGGUGUAGAGGAACCUUUACUGUGUUAAGAUGAUUAGAAAUGUGAUAGGUCUUUUUCUGCCCUAGUGAAUAAAACCUUGGACUAAGUUGUCGGUUAUUUGAUCAGGAUGGCAUUUAGAUACAGUUUAAGAAGAGGUGCUGCUGUAUUUAAGUAUCUAAGUCCUGACCGUGAGCAGAAUUUAGACCUUCACCAUCCUGAAGGUCCUCAGGCAGAUGACGCAGCAGUGUGUGGCAGCGCUACAGAGCAGAGACCAGAGACUUGUACUGCUACACAAAAUGACCGUGCACAAGAAUCUUCACUUUGUGGGGGCAGUGAGAGACCAGGAAGUGAGACGUCUGACAUCAUUAACCAAGAAGAUAAACAUGAUUCUGCAGAUGUGCUGGUGGAAUGUGAGGAUGAAGAGACUAGUGAUGACGAUGAUAUUGCCACCUUCUCUCUCUGUGGUAUGUCACCUCCUGAGAGCAUACUCUCAGAUGAAGAUCAGAUCAAGGACUUCCAUGCAGAGGAAAAGGCCAAGACUGAAGUUUGGCAAACCAACUGGCACAAGGAGCACAUGGCGGCUAUAAGCAGCGUGACGUUUGACAGUCUGCUGGAGGCGUAUCCUGAUCUUCACGGCUGUAAAAGCCACCUGGCCGUCUUCGUUCUGGUGAUGGAACUGUUGGAUUCAGCGGGUCAUCCACACGAGCAUUACAGGGUUGUGGCGGUGGGAGCCGGCCAUUCAAGCUGUGAUGCAUGGCUCCGCUACAAUGGGAUGAUGGUUCACGACUGCCAUGCCAUCGUCAUCGCAAGAAGGGCUCUCCUGAGGUUUCUGUACAAGCAGCUUUUGCUGUUCUCUGAGGCUGAUCCAAAGGCCAAGGACGAGUGUAUUUUUGAGAGAGCUGCAGACGGCCACCAGCUGCAGCUCAGACCCAAAGUCAGCCUGCAUCUCUACACCAAUCAGUGCCCCGAGGGAGCAGCUAGGAUCUCUCACAUCAAGGCUUCAGCAGGAACUCCAACCCCGCUGCGGUAUAACGUCAAAGGCCAGCUCGUCCCCGUGGCUCACCUCGAGCCGAGCUUGUGGGGGGCCAGAGUCUGCUGCAUGUCUGGCAGUGACAAGCUGUGUUGCUGGGCUCUUACAGGGGUUCAGGGGGCCUUACUGACCCACUUCAUUCAGCCCCUUUACAUCACCAGCAUAGUGUUGGGAGGCCACGUGUCUUUAAGCACAGAAGUGUCUGAUUUCACCAACAAUCGACUAGUUGAUGGAUGGGAAGAUACUCUUCCUCCGACUUACAAGAAGCAUGACAUCAUCUUUCUCAGCGGUGACCCCAUCACACCUGCCAUAAACUCCCCAGUGCAUGACCAUCCCACCAUCAACUGGUGUCUUGGAGAUGAGGACAUUGAAGUGUUGGACAGCAGCCAAGGCAUCAUUGUUGAGGGCUCGCCAUUUGUGAGUGGGCCCGGCUUCUCAAGCAGACUUUGCAAAAGAGCCCUCUACACUUACUUCCGGCAAGUAGCAACAAUGGGUCAGCGCGGCUACUUGUGUGAUCUUCCUACCUACCUCAGUGCCAAGAUGGAAGCCACCGAGUACCAGAUGGUCAAAGACCAGGUCAGGCAGCGGUUUCUGAAACUUCAAGCAGGACCCUGGAACUCUAAAAAACUGGUGGAUUGCUUCAACGUUUGAAUGCUCACUCAAGUUCUCCAAAAGUUCCUUUUGAGCUUUCAUCUCCUGUUCUUUAAUGCUGUUUGCAUGUUAUUUUUUUAAAGUAUCGUUUUGUUUAAUGCAUGCCGUUUGAUGUUUGGGUUUGUGUUGGAGAAAAUAAACAAGACUACUGCUGAAAA